CACGUUGCGAGUCCAGUGCUCCUGAGAUCUGGAUGAGAUCACGAAUCCGACGCUAGAUCCGGAUGAGAUCAUGAAUUCGACACUACAUCCGGAUGGGAUUUGGGCAUAGGUAAGCUAACGUCCCGUCGGAUUUGUUUGCUCUUGGGGUUUUCUGCGUCGCACUAUAUAACUAUGCGGUGGUACCCCCCAAAUCUCCUCCCAGCGCCGGCCCUGGUCACUGCAACCCACCCUACCGAUCCAACGUGGUACUAUAACUAUGCUUCUGCCGGAGCUCGAGAGCUCGAGACAUUACAGCGUUCAAGAUUUCCUACGCAUCGCGAGAACUCAACUGGGGGCAGCAGUCAGUGCAUGUGAUCUGUAUUAUAUACCUUCCCGGUCGUCUUGCUAUCAUGAAUUUCUCCUCGUUGAGUUUGUCGACGCUGAGACUGCAGAAAGGCUCAUACUCGUCGUCGAGCGUGCCCCUGCUAACAAUGGAACACAAGUAAUAUCCUCGAGUGGUGGAGUUGCAAAGGAUACUAUCACAAUCGUGCGAACCAGGGAGUUCCACGAGUACUGGCAGAGGGCAGGUCAAGAGCCAGUAUGCAAGGGUACACUUCGGUGGAACCACCCUUCACCCAGCCUCUUGGAUGUCGCGUUUAUUGCAGGUGUUGCAUCUACCACUUUUAAGCACUAUAACCUUUACAUUCGGCAGUGUUACUGGUACGCCAGGAUCACUCUGGACGCCAUAGCGACAGCGUUUCCGUCUUGCUCCAAAGAAGGCACCACAUCGUUCUCAAGGAAGUGGUUUUCGAUGUUUGGGAGCUACAAGCAAUCACAUGUGCAAUUCCUCGUAGAACUUCAUACCAUCGGCUGCCGAGAUUUACACCAACCCGUCCUCGAGACCGAACGACAUGCCUCUUACUUGAUCGCACCCGAUAUCCUCCACGAUUUAGCCGCAUCUAUAGCAAACUUGCGAAGAUCUCUUGCACUGUUUACAAUUCGUCAACCAGAGGCGGACAUUGGAAUUCGAUACAGCGACCGCACGGCAGGAGGAAUGCCUGAGUCCAGCCAGUAUGUAGAGUCUCAUUAGUUAGAUGAUGGCUGUGACGACGCUUUCACGAGAUGGGGCUAGUUGAGACCAGCGCUUGGGCUGGCGGCCUACUUUCUUUGUUUCCAGCAGAUAUGUAUCUCUUUUUACGUCAUUGCAAGCGAUCACAGAAGGUACUUAUAUGUAGUCGGCGUUUGGUCCUGUCA